AUGAUUUUUAAAAAGUAUUUUUCACUAAAUGUAGUUUUUACGCUAUUAUUUGUUAGCUUAGUAGAUUGUGGUAAAAACUCUGAUGAAUACAACGGUCAGAAUAAACCCGAUGUUGCCAGACAGGGUAAAACGAAAAAGGCAUUGAUGGCUCAGAAAACAGCCACAGGGACGUUUUCAAAUGUGAUCACUCAGAUACAGAAUCUACCGACUAUGGACCUCGGUCGGAAGUUUCGGACCCCGUGUAAAACUGGUAAUCGAUGUGGAAAGGUGAUCAAAAGGUUAAUGGUGCCAAAAUUGGCACAGUUGGAAAAUACGAUCAUGGGCAUCAUGAAGGAGCUUACCAAACUGCCUCCGGGCUCCCGACUUCCUGACAAGUUUACGAAGACGGAGCCUAUAAAGUUACUACUGGAUCAAAAUUAUAAAGAGGACGUGUGUAUGGACAAACUCGAGUCGUGCUUAAAAGAGGACAAGCGUAGAAAGCGUAUACUAAAGAAGUUGUUCUUCAAGAAGUACAAUUCUCUCCGGCAAGACUUAAUAGGCUACGGUGGAAGAAGACUCUGGGGUGGGGAAGGCAACCUUUUCUAUAGGAAAUAA